AUACGUCUUCCAACUACAUCAGGCAACUGGAGACCAAGGUCCGCAUCCUGGAGGAUGACAACAUGCAGCUUCUAUCACAGGUAAAACUCUGCAGCUACUGUAUGUUACCAUGGUGAAAACUAUCACCGCUCUGUUUUUCAAUUUUCACUCUCUUCGCCCUCUCUCUUUCCUCUUAAUGUCUCCCACUCUCACUUUCUCAAACCUAAACUCUCUUGUGGGAGAGGCAGAGAAGGCAGCAGUGACGAGAGUUUCAUUUUCAAAGUACAAACAGAGAAUGAGAGAGAUGUAGUGGGAGUGAAUAGCGAAAGCUAAAUAUUGCCAAGUAAUCGGGUACAUAGGGGAGAUAUAGAGAGAGGGAGGGAGAGAGAGAGGGAGGGAGAGAGAGGGAGCUUGUUUCUACCUGCUGGGAUGAUAUGGGUAAGUGAAUAAUUCAGCAUCACAGUGAAAGUGAGCUUUAAUAAUGGAUUGGGAUAAAUGAUGGGAGAGCAAGAGAAUUCAGUCAUGAGAUGAAUGUUUCAUUGCUUCUCAUUGCCAUUCUGUCUGGGGUCUGAUUUCACAUGAAAGGAAUCCGUGAGGAGCAACAACAAGAACACACACACGCAUGCAUGUACGCACACACGCACACACGCACACACUUGUACCAUCUCUACUCUCUACUAGGAGAUCUUAGAACACAUACACACAGGUUCACACACAUUUACUCACACAUGAAUGCACACACAUACACACUAAAGUACAUACCCGAGAGAGAUGGAUGCUACAGGGAAGAGAGUGCACUCAGAGUAGUAAAGAGUUUUAGUAACAUUGUUACAACCAGAGGGAGCAUCAUUAUGACAUCAGCUAGAGGUGAAUAGAAUAGUUCUGUGUCCCCAAAUGCCACCCCCUUGGUUACUGUUGCAACCUCUGACAACAUUUCCCCGGGAAGCCCAAUUCCCCCUUCUAACCACUGGCGAAAUCUCCUCACAAAGAUCUCAAACUGUGUUUUUAAUACAAAAUGAAAUUAAACACAGACAACCCCUUGCUAAUCAGGAGACGCUCUGGUGUGUUGUGGUGGACUGUCAUUACAAUUGCUUCAUGGGAACCUGGUAAAAAUUAAGGUUGUAGCACAGAGUUUCUAAACCCAGAGGUGCAACAGCGCGAGACUUCCAGAAACACUUGCGAAACAGACCAAGCAAACCAGAUCGGGCUUUGGGGUUUGAGAAGUCAAUGAGAGAAGUGAACAAUUCUUCCUUAGUGGUUAAUUGUCUUGAAAUCUAAAGACACAACCUAGAUUCCAGCCAAUGUCUUAAGUAGUUGAACUUGUUAUUACUCCAACCUCAUGAAAGUGACAAACUGACACAUUUUCAUUUUUCGUCAAAAACAACUUAAUGUCGAAGGAGUGCCUUUGAUUUGAUGGUCAGCACAUGCGCAGUUCGGCGAGAGACGACCGCUACACACAUGUUUUUCUAUGCAUGAGCUUAGCUAGCCAACGUCACCAUGACAUCACCUACAAGUGUAAACGAGGAUUUCUAUUGGAGAAGCAGUUUCUGCCUGUCUUCAUACUGUACUGUCUUUGGUUGUAAUGUGGCUAGCCACUGGAUGGCUCUGAAUGCACUGUCAGCAUGCAGCCAAAGUUACUAACCAGUUUUAGAGCUAACUAGUGCUCUCAAAUCGUAUCCUGAUGUCGACAGCAGAUGAGAGUUGUAUUCAUAACAUGGCUAACUUAGCUAGCUAACAUACAGUACAUUUAGAAAAAAACUAAUUAUAUUAACUGGCUAGCUAGCUAGCUAGCGUUAGCAGUGUUGGUUGGUCAAUAAGACAGAGCUAACCAGCUGUGCUAGCAAACAAUGUAACAAAAAUGUAACAAAAAGUAUAAUUUUGGGUUCUGCAUUUCAAGAAUCACAGAAGCAAGUACCGCUGGUGCACUGUUAAAUUAUUUAGCCAUUUAAACAAUUAAUUUUGGGAUGAAAACUCUGUUUUUGUAAUUCCCUGAAUGGCUGUGAUGAGUUUCAAAAGUGAGCUUGUCCGAGGUGUUGGACUCGACGACAGUUGCUAUCCAUUGGAGCGCUGCAAUUGUUUGCCUAAAAUUCUGGGGCCUACAGCAGCACAUAGAUCUUUUGCACAGAUUCUGUUAGACCUGGGCCCUAAGUGAAUCUUAUUAAGACAAAAAUAAUGGUGUUCCAAAAAAGGUCCAGUUGCUAAGACCACAAAUACAAAUUCCAUCUAGACACCGUUGCCCUAGAGCACACAGGAAAAACUAUACCUACCUCGGCCUAAACAUCAGCGCCACAGGUAACUUCCACAAAGCUAUGAAGGAUCUGAGGGCCUUCUACUCCAUCAAAAGGAACAUAACAUUCGACAUCCUGGCUAAAAAUACUUGAACCAGUUAUGGAACACAUUGCCCUUUAUGGUUGUGAGGUCUGGGGUCCGCUCACCAACCAAUAAUUCACAAAAUAGGACAAACACCAAAUUGAGACUGCAUGCAGAAUUCUGCAAAAACAACUUAAAACAGCAAAUAAUGCAUGCAGAGCAGAAUUAGAAGGAAACUUGCUAAUGAUCAAAAUCCAGAAAAGAGCUGUUAAAUUCUACAACCACCUAAAAGGAAGUGAUUCCCAAACCAUCCAUUACAAACCCAUCACCUACAGAGAGAUGAACCCAGAGAAAAGUCCCCUAAGCAAGCUGGUCCUGGGGCUCUGUUCACAAACACAAACAGACCCCACAGAGCCCCAGGACAGAAACACCAUUAGACACAACCAAAUCAUGAGAAAACAAAAAUAUAAUUACUUGACACAUUGGAAAGAAUUUACAUACAAAAAAAACUGAGCAAAAUGGAAUGCUAUUUGGCCCAGUGGCAGAAUACCUGAUCACUGUGACUGACCCAAAAUGAAGGAAAGCUUUGCUCAGUGAGCAUAGCCUUGCUAUUGAGAAAGGCCGCCGUAGGCAGACCUGGCUCUCAAAAGAAGACAGGCUAUGUGCAUACUGCCCACAAAAUGAGGUGGAAACUGAGCUGCACUUCCUAACCUCCUGCCAAAUGUAUGACCAUAUUAGAGACAAAUAUUUCCCUCAAAUUACACAGACCCACAAAGAAUUCGAAAACAAAUCAAGUUUUGAUCAACUUAAAUAUCUAUUGGGUGAAAUAUCAGUGUGCCAUCACAGCAGCAAGAUUUGUGACCUGUUGCCUCAAGAAAGGGCAACCAGUGAAGAACAAACACCAUUGGAAAUACACCCUAUAUUUAUGUUAAUCUAUUUUCCCUUUUGUACUUCAAUAUUUGCAGUGUUACAACACUUUACAUAGCCAUAAUAUAACAUUUGAAAUGUAUGUAUUCUUUAAAAACUUUUGUAAGUAUAAUGUUAAUUUCUGAUUGUUUAUUAUCUAUUUCACUUGCUUUGUCAAGAUAAACAUACUGUAUGUUUCCCAUGCCAAUAAAGCCCUUUAAAUUGAGAGACUGAGACUGAGAUAGAAAGACACACACACACACACACACACACACACACACACACACACACACACACACACACACACACACACACACACACACACACACACACACACACACACACACACACACACACACACACACACACACACACACACACACACACACACACAGCCUCUGAGGGGCCCAGGCAGUGACACAAACACACUCAGACAGAUUACACAGGGCUUUUGUACUGCUGCGAUAGCCCCAAAGACGACCGUUCUGUGUGUUUGGCUGGCAACAUGUUGAUCCGUUAUGGAUGGGGAUUCUACGCUCCACACAAAGAGAACAUAAAACCCUCAAAGAGAACACAUAAUCCAUCCUUUAGGGUAGCACAGACCUGGCAUGGAGCCUAACCAUAAGGAGUGUUUUCUAGCUGAACUGAAGGGUUGCUGUGAGCGGUGGAUAAAUGCAAAACACUGAAUAGUUCAGAACAGAUCCUGAUAUCUUGAUAACUCUCAGUAUGGAAUCUAAUUAAACCAGUCUGUGGUACUUCAAGAGUCCUGUAUGGGUACUGAGGGAAACUGACCUUUGAUCUCUGACCUCAACUCACCUGGGAAUGACCUCUCUUUAUGACGCAGCUGUUCUUUAACACUCUUUAACUCACAAGGGUGUCAUCACAGUGACCUUACUGCCCUGCACAGAUAGAUACACACGCACGUACGCACACACACACUGCACUCUGUAAAAAAGAGGCCAAUCCUCUCAAAAGCCGUUGUAUCCCCAAGGGCGCAGUUUGUGUUUUUCUUUCUAUAUACCCUUUAUCUUCUCUCUGUUAUUUUUAAAGGCAGCUAACCAACGUCACAGUGUCCUGAGGCAGAGCGAUGCCAUUUAUUGUAUCCCAGGCAGGAGGAUUCAAAACACAUGCUGGCCAUUUUCAGUGAUAAGAUAGACAGGGUAUAAGUGAACUGAACUGAACUGACUGCUGUCUUACAAGGUGUCCUAAAAUGGCCUAUGGACAAUCCUGAGCAUCAUCCUCUCAACUUCUGUCCUGAUCUCCUCACUCUUGUCCAGAGGAGAUCAGCAGAUCAUAUUCUCCUCUUGGCUUUCUGUGUGCACUGUCUACUCCUCUAAAUGUGUUAUCUCUCUCUCUCACUCUACUACUCUCAAUCUCUCUCGUAUACUUCUCUCCUAUCUCUCCUCGUCUCUCUCUCUCUCUCUCUCUCUCUCUCUCUCUCUCUCUCUCUCUCUCUCUCUCUCUCUCUCUCUCUCUCUCUCUCUCUCUCAGCAGACUAACAGUGGUGAUCUGAAGUGUCUGAGGAAGGGUUUCUACCACUCUGAGUCUCAGCUCUCACAGUACCAGCAGGAUGCACUGCAGAAUGUACGUACAGUAUGCGCCAAACCACUCCUGGUGUGUUUGUGUGUGUGGUCUGUGCACCCUGUCACCCCAGCCCACUCCCUCUCCCUGCCCUGACCACUCUGUUUGGCUCUGUGGAUAAAUCCUAGCUCCCAGAAAACCCUAUCUGUUUUGAGCCGAUUUGCAGCCGAUUUUAAUUGAACAACAAUUAGUGGUCGCUGUGGUAACAGCAACCGUAACAGUGGUCACCGAAGCAGAGGUCUUUGUGGCAGCGGCGUUGGAUUUUUAUUUUAUGUUCUCACUCCGGCUGAUAAGGGUCAAGGUCAGGGGUCAUGAUCUGUCAGGAAAGAUCAAAGCCAACAGGGAAAGACACACACGGGGGACACAUUGAUGGAGAGUGAGAGUUCUGAAAACUCCGAAAUUUGGAAGGCAUUUCCUGAGUCUCACAUGGAGUUGAAACCAGUCCACAGAUUUAUAUUUUCUCCCUCCAUCUGUACUUUCUUCCUCUUAUUGUGGCCUUAACUCCUUUGAAGUGCUUUAAGAGUUUCUCUCACUCCAGAACUGAGUUGGUAUGUGGCUGACCUCUGUAUCACUUCACAGACCUGCUUUGAACUGGACUUUCAAACACUUUCAAACACUCUCCAGCUCCUCCACAUUUAAAACGUGUACCAUCUCACUUUCCAGUAUUGAAUGUCAGUCUCCAGUAAUAUGGACCUUUACUCCAGCCCUGUCUCUUUCAUAUUCCACCCUGAGCCUGAGAGUUAAGAGACAAUAACCUCAGGCCUUUAAUGUAAAUACAGCUCAGACUUUACCCAAUAACCCAGAGUAAUAAAGUAGACCUUACAACAGCAGUACUUCAUGUUAACCCUAACCUCCACCCCUCCUACUGUUUAUCUAGCUUUGAUUCUCUAGCACAGCCUUAGAGCUGGAGACUCCUCUCUCUCUCUCUCUCUACUCUCUCUCUCGCCUCAUCUCUCUGCCUCUAUACUCUCGCUCUCUCCGUCUCUCGCUCUCCCUCUCUCUCCGCUAUCUCUCUCUCGCUCUCUAUCUCUCUCUCUCUCUCGCUCUAUCUCUUCGCUCUCUCCCUCUCGCUCUCUCUCUCUCUCUCUCUCUCGCCGCUCGCUCGCUCUCUCUCUCUCUCUCUGGGCGUCAUUGGCAUGGGAAAAAAUGUUACAUUGCCAAAGCAGUGAAAAAGAUAAAAAACAAAAUAAAAUAAACAUUUAAAAAAAACAGUAGAUUCAUCGCAAAAGUUCCAAAAAAAAAUUUAAAAUGUUUUUAUGUAUAAACAUGUUUUGACGAAUGCAAAAUGUUAAAGUAAAAAGGGAAAAUAAUAAAUUUCUUUUUAAUUUCUCUUAAUCUCUUCCUUUAUAGCCGAGUUUUUCACCUUCUCCAGCUUCCAGUUAACCAGAGGGCAUCCCUUAGAGACCAAAUUUAAAAGGGGAUCCCUCCUGUCGAAGGGCAAAAACCAAAGGGGGCUCCCUCUUUCACCGCCCGGGGAACCCCCAGCCCCCGUUUAGUAAAAGCCCCAGCAGGCCCCCCAAAAAAAGGGGUAGCGGGCCCCCAAAACCCCCCCCGGGGACCCCAAUCCCAUUUUAAACCCUUUUUACAUCCCCCCUCCCCCUCCACAUCUCAUUAUAACCCUUUUCCCCUAAUCCCCCUCAUCCUCCACCUUCCGCAUCCUAGAGCAGAGAGAGGAGAGGAGAGGAGAGGAGAGAGAGCAGAGACGGAGUGACAGAGAGGAGAUGAGAGAGAGCAGAGAGAGGACAGAGAGCAGAGGAGAGGGAGCAGAGACAGAGAGAGGAGAGGAGAGAGAGCAGAGAGAGGAGAGACAGAGAGGAGAGGAGAGAGAGCAGAGACAGAGUGAGGAGAUGGAGCAGAGACAGGAGAGAGAGCAGGGAGAGGAGAGGAGAGGAGAGAUAGCAGAGAGAGGAGAGGAGAGGAGAGAUAGCAGAGAGAGGAGAGGAGAGGAGAGAUAGCAGAGAGAGGAGAGGAGAGAUAGCAGAGAGAGGAGAGGAGAGAGGAGAUACAGAGAGGAGAGAAGAGAGAGCAGAGAGAGGAGAGAGAGGAGAGGAGAGGAGAGAGCAGAGGCAGAAAGAGCAGAGGGAGGAGUGGAGUUAGAGCAGAGACAGAAGAGAGAGCAGAGAGAGGGAGAGAGGAGAGAGAGCAGAGAGCAGAGUCAGAGAGAGGAGAGGGAGCAGAGACAGAGAGAGGAGAGGGAGCAGAGAGAGAGGAGAGGAGAGAGGGGAGAGGAGAGAGAGCAGAGGAGAGAGAGCAGAGACAGAGAGAGGAGAGGAGAGGAGAGGAGAGAGAGCAGAGACAGAGAGAGGAGAGAGAGCAAAUACAACCCAUAUUUAUGUUUAUUUAUUUUCCCAUUUGUACUUUAACUAUUUGCACAUUGUUACAACACUGUAUAUAGACAUAAUAUGACAUUUGAAAUGUCUUUAUUCUUUUGGAACUACUGAGUGUAAUGUUUACUGUUAAUAUUUAUUGUUUAUUUCACUUUUGUUUACUAUCUACUUCACUUGCUCUGGCAAUGUUAACAUACGUUUCCCAUGCCAAUAAAGCCCUUCAAUUGAAAUUGAGAGGAGAGAGAGCAGAGACAGAGAGAGCAGAGAAGAGAGGAGAGGACAGCACUCUUGUUUAGCUAAUCAGAACUCUGAUUGGUCCUGAUAAAAGUCCUCUGGAGUCAUCCUGGUAACCUCUCAGGUAAAUAAUGAAGAGCGUGGCGUGUGUGUGUUCUGGAGUGAAAGACAGACAGACUUUAGACUCCUGUCCUGAUUAGCAUGGCUUUGAACUAACUUCAAACACAGAAGGUGACGCAUUGAAUAAUGCAUAAUCUCUCUCUCUCUUUCUCUCUCAAUUCAAUUUCAAUUUCAAUUUAAGGGGCUUUAUUGGCCUGGGAAAAAUAUGUUUACAUUGCCAAAGCAAGUGAAAUAGAUAAUAAAUAGAUAAUAAAUACAUAAAAUGAACAGUAAACAUUACACUCACAAAAGUUCCAAAAGAAUAAAGACAUUUCAAAUGUCAUAUUAUGUAUAUAUAUACAAUGUUGUAAGGAUGUGCAAAUAGUACAAAAGGGGAAAAUAAAUCAACAUAAAUAUGGGUUGUAUUUACAAUGGUGUUUGUUCUUCACUGGUUGCCCUUUUCUUGUGGCAACAGGUCACAUAUAUUGCUGCUGUGAUUGCACACUGUGUGUGGUAUUUCACCCAAUAGAAAUGGGAGUUUAUCAAAAUUGGAUUUGUUUUCGAAUUCUUUGUGGGUCUGUGUAAUCUGAGGGAAAUAUGUGUCUCUAAUAUGGUCAUACAUUUGGCAGGAAGUUAGGACGUGCAGCUCAGUUUCCACCUCAUUUUGUGGGCAUUGUGCACAUAGCCUGUCUUCUUUUGAGAGCCAGGUCUGCCUACGGCGGCCUUUCUCAAUAGCAAGGCUAUGCUCACUGAGUCUGUACAUGGUCAAAGCUUUCCUUAAUUUUGGGUCAGGUAUUCUGCCACUCUGUACUCUCUGUUCAGGGCCAAAUAGCAUUCUAGUUUGCUAUGUUUUUGUGUCAAGUAAUUAUCUUGUUUUUUCAUGAUUUGUUUGGGUCUAAUUGUGUUGUUGUCCUGAGGCUCUGUGGGGUCUGUUUGUGUUCGUGAACAGAGCCCCAGGACCAGCUUGCUGAGGGGACUUUUCUCUAGGUUAAUCUCUCUGUAGGUGAUGGCUUUGUUAUGGAAGGUUUGGGAAUCGCUUCCUUUUAGGUGGUUGUAGAAUUUAACGGCUCUUUUCUGGAUUUUGAUAAUUAGCGGGUAUCGCCUUAAUUCUGCUCUGCAUGCAUUAUUUGGUGUUUUACGUUGUACAUGGAGGACACAUUUUUGCAGAAUUCUGCAUGCAGAGUCUCAAUUUGGUGUUUGUCCCAUUUUGUGAAUUCUCAGUUGGUGAGCAGUCCCAGACCUCACAACCAUAAAGGGCAAUGGGUUCUAUAACUGAUUGAAGUAUUUUUUGCCAGAUCCUAAUUGGGAUGUCAGAUUUUAUGUUCCUUUUGAUGGCAUAGAAGGCCCUUCUUGCCUUGUCUCUCAGAUCGUUCACAGCUUUGUGGAAGUUACCUGUGGCGCUGAUGUUUAGGCCGAGGUGUGUAUAGUUUUUUGUAUGCUCUAGGGCAACGGUGUCAAGAUGGAAUUUGUAUUUGUGGUCCUGGCAACUGGACCUUUUUUGGAACAUCAUUAUUUUUGUCUUACUGAGAUUUACUGUUAGGGGCCAGAUCUGACAGAAUCUGUGCAGAAGAUCUAGGUGCUGUUGUAGGCCCUCCUUGGUUGGGGAUAGAAGCACCAGAUCAUCAGCAAACAGUAGACAUUUGACUUCAGAUUCUAGUAGGAUGAGGCAAGGUGUUGCAGACUUUUCUAGUUCCCUCUCCAACUCGUUGAUAUAUAUGUUGAAGAGGGUGGGGCUCAAGCUGCAUCCCUGUCUCACUCCACGGCCCUGUGGAAAGAAAUGUGUUUUUUGCCAAUUUUAUAAUGUUGUAUGUUUUUCCCCCAACACCACUUUCCAUCAGUUUGUAUAGCAGACCCUCAUGCCAAAUUGACAAAGCAUGAGAAGACGUUGCCUUUGGUUUGGUUUGUUUGUUUGUCAAUUAGGGUGUGCAGGGUAAAUACGUGGUCUGUCAUACGGUAAUUUGGUAAAAAGCCAAUUUGACAUAUGUACAGUGGGGGAAAAAAGUAUUUAGUCAGCCACCAAUUGUGCAAGUUCUCCCACUUAAAAAGAUGAGAGAGAAAAUGAGAUUUUUUUUCUCCAGAAAAUCACAUUGUAGGAUUUUUAAUGAAUUUAUUUGCAAAUUAUGGUGGAAAAUAAGUAUUUGGUCACCUACAAACAAGCAAGAUUUCUGGCUCUCACAGACCUGUAACUUCUUCUUUAAGAGGCCUCCACUCGUUACCUGUAUUAAUGGCACCUGUUUGAACUUGUUAUCAGUAUAAAAGACACCUGUCCACAACCUCAAACAGUCACACUCCAAACUCCACUAUGGCCAAGACCAAAGAGCUGUCAAAGGACACCAGAAACAAAAUUGUAGACCUGCACCAGGCUGGGAAGACUGAAUCUGCAAUAGGUAAGCAGCUUGGUUUGAAGAAAUCAACUGUGGGAGCAAUUAUUAGGAAAUGGAAGACAUACAAGACCACUGAUAAUCUCCCUCGAUCUGGGGCUCCACGCAAGAUUUCACCCCGUGGGGUCAAAAUGAUCACAAGAACGGUGAGCAAAAAUCCCAGAAUCACACGGGGGGGCCUAGUGAAUGACCUGCAGAGAGCUGGGACCAAAGUAACAAAGCCUACCAUCAGUAACACACUACGCCGCCAGGGACUCAAAUCCUGCAGUGCCAGACGUGUCCCCCUGCUUAAGCCAGUACAUGUCCAGGCCCGUCUGAAGUUUGCUAGAGUGCAUUUGGAUGAUCCAGAAGAGGAUUGGGAGAAUGUCAUAUGGUCAGAUGAAACCAAAAUAUAACUUUUUGGUAAAAACUCAACUCGUCGUGUUUGGAGGACAAAGAAUGCUGAGUUGCAUCCAAAGAACACUAUACCUACUGUGAAGCAUGGGGGUGGAAACAUCAUGCUUUGGGGCUGUUUUUCUGCAAAGGGACCAGGACGACUGAUCCGUGUAAAGGAAAGAAUGAAUGGGGCCAUGUAUCGUGAGAUUUUGAGUGAAAACCUCCUUCCAUCAGCAAGGGCAUUGAAGAUGAAACGUGGCUGGGUCUUUCAGCAUGACAAUGAUCCCAAACACACCACCCGGGCAACGAAGGAGUGGCUUCGUAAGAAGCAUUUCAAGGUCCUGGAGUGGCCUAGCCAGUCUCCAGAUCUCAACCCCAUAGAAAAUCUUUGGAGGGAGUUGAAAGUCUGUGUUGCCCAGCGACAGCCCCAAAACAUCACUGCUCUAGAGGAGAUCUGCAUGGAGGAAUGGGCCAAAAUACCAGCAACAGUGUGUGAAAACCUUGUGAAGACUUACAGAAAACGUUUGACCUGUGUCAUUGCCAACAAAGGGUAUAUAACAAAGUAUUGAGAAACUUUUGUUAUUGACCAAAUACUUAUUUUCCACCAUAAUUUGCAAAUAAAUUCAUUAAAAAUCCUACAAUGUAAUUUUCUGGAUUUUUUUUCUCAUUUUGUCUGUCAUAGUUGACGUGUACCUAUGAUGAAAAUUACAGGCCUCUCUCAUCUUUUUAAGUGGGAGAACUUGCACAAUUGGUGGCUGACUAAAUACAUUUUUUCCCCACUGUACAUUGUUUUCACUGAGGAAAUGUACGAGUCUGCUGUUAAUGAUAAUGCAGAGGUUUUUCCCAAGGUUGCUAUUGACACAUAUCCCACGGUAGGUAUUGUGGGGAAAUUUGUCUCCACUUUUGUGGAUUGGGGUGAUCAGUCCUUGGUUCCAAAUAUUGGGGAAGAUGCCAGAGCUGAGGAUGAUGUUAAAGAGUUUAAGUAUAGCCAAUUGGAAUUUGUGGUCUGUAUAUUUUAUAAUUUAAUUUAGGAUACCAUCAACACCACAGGCCUUUUUGGGUUGGAGGGUUUGUAUUUUGUUCUGUAGUUAAUUUAAUGUAAUUGGAGAAUCCAGUGGGAUCUGGUAGUCUUUAAUAGUUGAUUCUAAGAUUUGUAUUUGAUCAUGUAUAUGUUUUUGCUGUUUGUUCUUUGUUAUAGGGCCAAAAAGAUUGGAGAAGUGGUUUAUCCAUACAUCUCCGUUUUGGAUAAAUAACUCUUUGUGUUGUUUGUUUAAUGCGUUCCAAUUUUCCCAGAAGUGGUUAGAUUCUAUGCAUUCUUCAAUUUCAUUGAGCUGAUUUCUGAUGUGCUGUUCCUUCUUUUUUCCGUAGUGUAUUUCUGUAUUGUUUUAGUGAUUCACCAUAGUGAACGCUCAAGUUUUCUGGGUCUCUAUGUUUUUGGUUGGAUAGGUUUCUCAAUUUCUUUCUUAUGUUUUUGCAUUCUUCAUCAAACCAUUUGUCAUUGUUGUUAAUUUUCUUAGGUUGUCUGCUUGACAUUUUUAGAUUUGAUAGGGAAGCUGAGAGGUCAAAUAUACUGUUUAGGUUUUCUACUGCCAAGUUUACACCUUCACUAUUAUAGUGAAACAUUUUGUCCAGGAAGUUUUCUAAAAGGGAUUGAAUUUGUUGUUGCCUAAUUGUUUUUUGGUAGGUUUCCACACUACUUUCCUUCCAGCUAUAGCAUUUCUUAAUAUUAUUCAGUUCCUUUGGCUUUGAUGCCUCAUGAUUGAGUAUUGCUCUGUUCAAGUAGACUGUGAUUUUGCUGUGAUCUGAGAGGGGUGUCAGUGGGUUGACUGUGAACGCUCUGAGAGACUGGGUUGAGGUCAGUGAUAAAGUAGUCUACAGUACUACUGCCAAGAGAUGAGCUAUAGGUGUACCUAGUCCCCUCGACGCCUACCAUUGACUAUGUACAUACCUAGCGUGCGACAGAGCUGCAGGAGUUUUUGUUGGUUAUGUUGUCGUAGCUGUGUCUAGGGAGGCAUAUGGGGGAGGGAAUGCUGUCACCGCCAGGUAGGUGUUUGUCCCCCUGUGUGCUGAGAGUGUCAGGUUCUUGUCCAGUUCUGGCAUUUAGGUCAUCACAGACUAGUACAUGUCCCUGGGCCUGGAAAUGAUUGAUUUCCCCCUCCAGGAUGGAGAAGCUGUCUUCAUUAAAGUAUGGGGAUUACUGGGGGGAUAUACUGUAGGUAGCACACAGGAGGACAUUUGUUUCUGUUGAGAUAAUUUACUUUGACUUUCUAGCCAAAUGUAAAAUGUUCCUGUUUUGAUUAAUUUAAAAGAGUGAGUUAGGUCUGCUCUAUACCAAAUUAUCAUACCCCCUGAGUCCCUUCCCUGUUUCACUCCUGGUAGUUUGGUGGAUGGGACUAGCAGCUCUCUGUAACCUAGAGGGCAACCAGUGGGUCCAUCUCCUCUAUGCCAUGUUUCAUGUAGGAUUACAAUGUCUGUAUUUCUGAUUUCUUUGGUGAAGUCCAGGUUCCUGCUCUUUAGGCCAAAGGCAGAUGACCUCAGGCCUUGGAUAUUCCAGGAUGAGAUAGUGAAGGCUUUGUGUUCCAUAAAGUGUCCAAUGUUGUUAGUCGUGUGGUUUGGCCUCAGACCAGUAAGUGUGAGCAGAGCCUGCUAAGCAUCUGGUACAUGCCAUUGGCUUGGGCUAGUGUAAGUGGGGGUUGGGCCUGUUUGCCUGCUCAUGGCCUGGGCGUAUGUGUGACUUUCAUGUUGAGGCCCUCUUUGUGGGUCUGGGAGAGUGUCUCGCUGGUCUUGGCGGGGUGUCUGUUGAUCUGUUGCUCCUGUGUGAGGUGUUGGGGCUGCGGUUGAGGGCGAUGUCCUUUAGGGUCCUGGCGAAGGUGGGCACUGCUGCCUUGUAGAGGUGGACCUGGCCGUAAAGGCUGUUCAUGUCCAGGGUGGAGUGGUGGGCAGGGUAAACAUUUGGUUUUGAGGCACAGUCACGGGAAAUACUUGCGUUUACCCGCUGUAUAGUAGCAUGGUGAAAGUAUUUUCGUAGGAGCAGGGUGUGCGUUGAGGAAAGUAGAAGAAGCUUUUUCAAUCACUCCCUUGAUUGCUGUGCCCACCCUUUCCUGCUGUGCUCUCAGUUCGUUUGUGCCUGUGUGUAUUAUUAUGUGGCUGGGUGACCCUAGUUGGUCCUCAGACAGAAGGUCUAGGGUGUGCAGGGUGUUUGGACCCCAGAGUUUAGAGACCUUAUUUUCUUGUUUCUCUCUCUCUCUCACGCCUCACUCUAGUCAUGUCACAUUCUGCUCAGACAAUGACAUGGCCUGAUAUACACUUUAAAGUAUACGGUGGGUGGUGUCCAGGGUUGUAGAAAUAAGGUACAUAUUUGCUUAUUGUUUGGCAUAACCUGUAUGUUACGUCAAUACGUGUUGUGAGGGGUUACCUGUGAUGCGUAGAGAGAGAUGGUACCUAUUGUAGAGGGGGUCGCCCCCAUCCCUGCUAACCCCCCUCUAUAGCCCCUACACCCCCCAACACCCGUCACAUGCUAACCCCCCUCUAUAGCCCCUACACCCCCCUACACCCGUCACAUGCUAACCCCCCUCUAUAGCCCCUACACCCCCCUACACCCGUCACAUGCUAAAAUUAGCCCAGCAAUCGUGAUCACACCCCUGUAGCUCCGACUGAGGCAAAGUCACAACUCUCUAAUAACAAGAGCAGCCAAUCAAAUGUCAAAGUCAAUCAAUAUUCUCUUUGACACAGUAGCAAUGUCCUUUUAAUUAGUGAUUCUAUGUCUUGUAAAAAUGGUUGGAUGUCAAUAUGUGUCCUUUAGACUACAGUCUUUAUUUAUGUUUUCUAAUAAACUGGCUUAUCAUCUUUGUUCAGGCUACGUCCCAUAUAUACUAGAGUGACAGCCUUUGAGCACCACUCUAGUGUUAAAUCCUCAACAAUCCCAACACUGGUGUGUGUGUUUGUGUGAGAUAUGGGAUAGAUUAGAUAUAACUAAGGGCUUGGACAGUGGGUGCUGGGACUGAGCUGCGCUGGGGAGGGAUAGGAUAGAGCUAGGAUAGUCAGGGCUACUGCUCCUCUCCCUCAAAUACCUCUUUGUGCAUCAGCUGUGACCCAGAGAUGGAGAGAUACAGGGGAGAUGUAACCCCACCAGGGUAGGACCAGGCUAGGAUCAGGGGAGAUGUAGACCUACCAGGGUAGGACCAGGGUAGGGCCAGGGGAGAUUUAAACAAGGAUUUAACCUCAUUUCGGGGCCCAGAGUACCCUAUUAGUACCCCAAAGAGAGAGAGGGGAGAUGGGGGAUUAGCAUGUUACAAACAUGAUGGUGUGUGUAUGCGUUUGUGAGUGUGAGUGUGUGAGAGAGAGAGUAUAAAGUGUAUACGUGUGUGUGACCACACUGACCAUCUCUCCUCUCUCUCCAGGGCUCUGGUAGGUCUCCUAGCGGUGAGCCCCCCCCAGCAGACUACCUCCCAGUGGGCCAGAAGCCUGAGGCUGUGGUCCAUGCCAUGAAGGUACUGGAGGUCCAUGAGAACCUGGAGAAGAAGAUCCCUGAAGACUACGACGAGGACCUCAGUGAGAAGGAGAAGGCCAUCGUCAGGGAGAUGUGUAACGUAAGAAACGUUCUCCUCUCUUCCACAUUACCUCUCUCCUCUACUCUCUCCUCUCUCCUCUACUCUCUCCUCUCUACUCUCUCCUCUACUCUCUCCUCUCUACUCUCUCCUCUACUCUCUCCUCUACUCUCUACUCUACUCUACUCUCUCCUCUCUACUCUCUCUUCUCUACUAUCUCCUCUACUCUCUCCUCUCUCCUCUCUACUAUCUCCUCUACUCUCUCCUCUACUCUCUCCUCUCUACUCUCUCCUCUCCUCUACUCUCUCCUCUACUCUCUCCUCCACUCUCUCCUCUACUCUCUCCUCUCCUCUCUCUACUCUCUCCUCUCUCCUCUCUACUCUCUCUUCUCUACUCUCUCUUCUCUACUCUCUCCUCUACUCUCUCCUCUCUACUCUCUCCUCUCUCCUCUACUCUCUCCUCUACCCUCUACUCUCUCCUCUACUUUUCUUCUCCUCUCUCCCUCUCCUAUCCCAACAAGCUAAUAAUGAGAGCUUGAUGAAGAUACGAUAGGGCUGGCGAGUUGCGCCUCUCUCUCUCUCUCUCUCCCUCUUCCCCGUUUCUGUUUGUUUGCCUGUCAGAAUCACAAGCCUGCCAUCGCUUUGACGGAGAGCAGUGUUUCAAUUACUACACAAUUACCCCCCUCCAUCCCUCCCGCUCAAUCUUCCCCCCUCUCACCCCUCCUCCCCUCUCACCCCCUCACUUCCCCCUGCUAUAAUUGGAGGUUCCCAUAAAGGAGCCUUAGUGUUUACGACACACUUGUCAGCGCAAUUAAAAUAACUUCACUGGGAGAAACAAUGGAAGCUCCUAUUGGGGCCUUUUAAGCCUUCGAGCUCCAUUCACCCUGCUAUGUAAACCUCCCAGGCCUAGGAUAAAAUAGGAGGGUAGGACUAUGAGGCUACAGCCUUCUCUCAUCUCAACAUCAUAUCCACCCCCAGACAUGUAGGCUGCGUCCCAAAUGACCAGGGUCCAUCAAAAGUAGUGCACUAUAAAGAGAAUAUAGACUCUGUGACAGGCCUGACGAGGAGUGCAGGGUACUUUGGGACCAGUGUUCUCGCAGGGACAAUCCCGGGGCCCUUCCAGGCUUUCAGUGUUGGUUGUUCCAUACAGAUGAACAUAAAACAUGUACAUGAAAGAAAAAGAGAACACGGAGGCACAGUCAAGUAUCCCAUCUACCAUAAAGAGAUAAAUACACCAACAUCCUUGUCACUAAUGAGGUCGACGUUACAUGGUCCUGUGGGUCGACCUCUCUCUCAUCACAGAGUUGGGAGUUAUGUGUUGCACAACUGUUGUUGUGUCCCCUAUAAUUGCAUUGUCUGCUCAGAUUAUGUGGAACAUACAUUUUUGUAGACCCCUAUUGGUUGGCUGGAUUCCAGUCCUAUCUAUGGUUCCCAGCUCUCUAUGACCUCCGUUUGACCCAACCCACAGGUCAUACACUCAGAAUGCAUUCAUUCAGAUAUAAUAAAAUGUGAUACAAUAACAAGCUUUGUGUAACAGUGUUUUAUUAGUUACUAAUUAGUACUACAUUUCUCUUCCACCCGGCACUUCUAGAGACCCUAAUCUGAAGGGACUGGAUGUACUGUAGAUAGUAUACAGCCGUUGUAUGACAAUGUUGUGUAACAGUGUUUUGUGUCCCCCCUCUCACUUCCCUGUACUGUGUUGUGUUCUCAGGUGGUGUGGCGUAAACUAGGUGACGCUGCAGGCUCCAAGCCUUCCAUCCGCCAGCAUCUCUCUGGGAACCAGUUCAAAGGGCCUUUG